GCGCCUGCGCACUGAGGCUUGUUAGUACGGCCAGAGACUGGUUUCCGGUUCCGGUGGGCUUGUCUCUCUCUGCUUGUGCGACGUGUCUCUGGCGGUGGGUGGCGGCUGCAGUUUUUUAAAGAAGCAUCAUGGACCAGGUAAUGCAGUUUGUUGAGCCAAGUCGGCAGUUUGUGAAGGACUCAAUUCGACUAGUUAAAAGAUGUACCAAGCCUGAUAGAAAAGAAUUCCAGAAGAUUGCCAUGGCAACAGCAAUAGGAUUUGCUAUAAUGGGAUUCAUUGGCUUUUUUGUGAAAUUGAUCCAUAUCCCUAUUAAUAACAUCAUUGUUGGUGGCUGAAUGCUGUUCCAGAAGAGUGUUUUUCAUCUUGGGAAUUGGUGAAUAAUUGGCGAAUUUGAGAAGCUCAUGGAGUAAAAGUUUGCCUACAUAUUUUGUGUUUUUCAUUUUAUUUCUUCCAAGAUGUUUUCUAUUUCUAAAUUAAAAGUAUUUCAAAAAAACAAACUUCUCUUUUUCAUCACAGCUUUUUCAGAUAACCCUUCCUGACCUUUCUUCCCCCCUCCCUCUUUCCUUUCCUUCCUUUGAAUUUUGGUUUAUAGGAGAAAUUAAUGGGCAUUGUGAAAUACUGCACUGAGUGCCCCUCUCUCAGCCAAACACUUUCCUUUAAUGGAAGAAGAAACAGUGUCCAUAAACCAUGUGAGCUGGUAGUUUUAAAUUUCUGUAGAAGUUCAGAUGCUACUUGAAAUAGGAUUUUGAAAAUCAUGGUUAAAACAUUGAAAUAAGAAACCCUCUUCAGAUAAACUGAUUAA